AUGGCCUCAGGAACAAAAAUAACCCUUCCAAAUGCUCGCCCGUAUGCAUUUUCUUUUCCUCUUUCCACCACGGCAUUUGUCGUGAUCGACAUGCAACGAGAUUUCCUGGAUCCCAACGGCUUCGGAUCAACCGUAUGCGGGAACCCCGCCAUCAUCUCGUCCGUACGCAAAAUCGUCCCAAACGUCCGUGAAGCAUUAGAUGCGGCUCGACGACUAGGUCUGCAUACCAUUUACACGCGAGAAGGUCAUCUCUCGGAUCUCUCGGAUUUGCCCGCUGCCAAGAAACUGAGGCAAACAACGAAUGGCCCGAAUGGCGGCCAGUCGAUGGGUAUCGGCGACGAAGGUCCGAUGGGGAAGCUGUUGGUGAGGGGCGAGAAGGGCCAUGACAUUAUCGACGAGUUGAAGCCAUCUGCCGGAGACUCAAUUAUCGACAAGCCGGGGAAAGGAAGUUUCUGGGGCACCGGUUUUCACAGGCUGUUGCUUGCUAGGGGAAUCACUCACCUGAUUCUCACGGGCGUAACCACCGAGUGCUGUGUGACGAGUACGCUUCGAGAGUGCAAUGAUAGAGGCUACGAAUGCUGCGUCCUCUCGGACUGCACAGACGGCUUCGAUAAACAGAUGGUGACUGGCUCGUUAGAAAUUGCAUGUUGUCAGAAUGGCCUCUUCGGAUAUGUCGGCAAUGGUUUAGAGCUCGUUGCUCAAGCAGAGCAAAUCAACCGCCCGCAGGCCUCGUUGUCGUAUGCAGAAACAAUUCUUGAAGCUGCGACCCUUCCUUCAAUCACCGAGCUUGGAGACCUAUACAGAGAUGGGUUGCUUGAUCCAGAAACAGUCAUGAGAUCUGUGCUCGACCGCAUAGCCAAGUACGAGGUCGUCAGUCCAGCUGUUUGGAUCGCACGAGAGAAUCCAGAAGACGUAUUAGCGGCAGCCAGAAAGCUAUCCACUGCCUACUCCGGCAAGUCUAUGCCGCCGCUUUUCGGCAUCCCGUUUGCCGUAAAAGACAACAUCGAUGUCAAAGGAGUGGUUACCACCGCUGCAUGCGACAGCUUCAGCUACAUUGCUACUUCAACCGCCCCAGCCAUCCAGUAUCUCCUCGAUGCCGGGGCCAUAUACAUCGGGAAGCUGAAUCUUGACCAGCUCGCCACAGGCUUGACGGGGUGCCGCUCACCGUAUGGAACUCCUCACAGUUUCUAUAGCAAGAAACACAUCUCUGGAGGUUCGUCAUCUGGAUCUGCCGUUGCCGUGGCCGCUGGGCUUGUAUCAUUCGCCAUUGGAACCGACACAGCGGGAAGCGUUCGUGUCCCGGCAGCAUUUAAUGGUGUCGUCGGCUUCAAGCCUACCAAAGGCACCAUCUCGGCCAGAGGCGUAGUGCCUGCAUGCCAAAGUCUUGACACAAUCGGUAUCUUAGCACCUUCUCUUGAAGAUGCGAGGCAAGUCUGGUUUGUAAUGGAUCGGUGCGAUGCUUUGGAUCCGUAUGCCAAAUCAUUGGAGAGCCUACCGACUUGGAUGGUUGACUACCGAGGGCCGAAAGAGGGUGGCUUUACCUUUGGCACACCACCUGAUUUCAUGAUAAGACUGUGUUCCGCAAAGUAUCAGGAGCUGUUUCGAUUGGCUGUUGACACUCUGCAAUCGUGCGGAGGAACAUUGGUUGACAUCGACUACGCGCCAUUUGCUGAAGCAGGCGACCUCAUUUAUGGGGCGUCUCUGGUCCAUGAACGCCUUGCGUCGAUAGGCCACGACUUUAUCUCCAAGAAUAUUGACACAUUCCAUCCCGCAACAAAAAUGAUAUUCCAGAGCCUUCUUUCGUCCAACUUGAGUGCCUGGGAAGUAUUUCGUGACCAGGCCACACAAAGGAAAUGCAUCGCGAGGGCACGCAAGACCUUUAACAAACUUGAUGGCGGCAUAGACGUCCUGGUUGUGCCAACCGUGCCGUUUCAUCCUAGGAUACAAGAGAUACUGGAUAAUCCAUUGGCUAUUAAUUCGAAGCUUGGAGUGUUCACGCAUUCUGCAAACGUUGUUGACCUGUGUGGCGUCAGCGUAAACGCAGGAUGGGUCGAAGAGGCAGAAACACGGCUGCCGUUUGGCAUCACGCUUCUCGGUGGGAGCGGAUAUGACGGGAAAUUACUUGACAUUGCCACCAUUUUCGAAAAGUCACCGAAAUAA